AUGGCCACUGACACGGCGUUUGAGGGGUGGGUAGGCGAGGACGCUUCCUCUGCCAAGGGCAAAAUGGUCUGGAAACAGUACACGCCAAAGCUGUGGGAGGAGACGGACGUUGAGAUCAAGAUUACACACUCUGGCGUCUGCGGCUCAGACCUUCACACAUUACGGUCGGGCUGGCGCGAGGCACCGUACCCGAUCGUCGUCGGACAUGAAAUUGUUGGCGUCGCCAUACGCGUCGGCUCUCAAGCUGAGGGGGACAUUCGCGUCGGCGACGUAGUCGGCGUGGGUGCCCAGGCUGAUGCCUGCCUCAACCGAGACUCGGAUUACUCGUGCAUCGAGUGUUCGGAGCAGAGCGAGAAUUACUGCGCCCGUCGUGUCGUCACAUACGCCUCGAAACACCGAAACGGCAGCAAGACGCAAGGCGGGUACGCGCUCUACUAUCGCGGGCCGUCACACUUUGUCGUCAAAAUACCUGCCGGCCUGCCACCCCAGCUGGCCGCGCCCAUGCUCUGUGCCGGCGUCACAGUCUACUCUCCGCUCAAACGUUAUCGCUGCGGGCCUGGAAAGAGCGUGGGCGUUAUUGGCCUCGGCGGUCUGGGCCAUUUCGCCGUCUUGUUUGCCAAGGCGCUCGGGGCCAAGGAGGUUAUUGGCAUUUCCAGGAACCAAGACAAACAAAAAGACGCAAUGGACCUGGGGUGUGACGGCUACAUUGCGACCGCCGCCGAAAACGAGUGGGCAACCAAUAAUGCGCGUCGUUUUGACAUUAUUCUAAAUACCGUCGCGUCAGUCAAGAUGCCAUUUUCUGACUAUCUUGGUCUUCUUCGGCUCGGCGGUACACUCGUCCAGGUAGGCCUGCCCGAGGGGCCGAUUCCCUUCACGCCCUCCCGUUUGGGCGGCGCUGGUGCGAGGGUAGCCGGAACGAACAUCGGGUCCCCGAGUGAGAUAAGGGAGAUGUUGGACCUGGCCGCCACCAAGAAUAUCAAGCCGUGGGUUGAACAGCGGCCGAUGAAGGAUGCUAACCGCACUAUACUGGACUUUGAGGCAGGUAAACCACGUUUCCGCUACGUCAUGUUUAAUUAG